CUGACACCUCUUCUGUGUGUUUAAAAGUAAACCCUGCGGAGAAGUGAGGCCUGUUAGAAUAAGCCGGCCUGGAUAUGCAUUCGGAUUGUACAUGCCCAGUGUUACUAACAAGUAACCGUACUUGUCUAGUUCGGACAUAACCUGUUGCUAUUUAUCCGUCAUUCAUGAAUAGACAUGCGUCACUUUGCGAACAAGCCAAUAAAUAGGUUAAGUUUAGUGACAGACAGAUGGGAUGACCUAUCAGAGGGAGAGUCAGGUCCCACCCAUCACGGCACCCGACCAAUCAUCGGCCGCUCUCGGCGAGGGGACAACAGCGGGAAGAAAAGCCUGUUGAGGGAAUGGCGGCGUCUCGAGGGCCGGAGGGACGUUUGGAGCUGAGUGCGGCCAGAAAGUCCGAUAGAGUGAUAACGAAGAACGUUUCGCACUGAGGGCUUCGUACCGGCUGUUCCUUAUCCCUGGGACAUUUCUCUUUCUUGCCCUCCUUUUACUACUGUUGCUGGGGCAAUUUCAGAUUUCCUAUUCUCGGUACUUUACUCUCCCAAACACUGGGACUUUAUGUACUUGUUGUUUGAUAUUCUAUCUCUAACGGACGUCCAAGAGCAUUCUAGUUUCUGAGUCAGAAAGUUGUCAAGUUGAAAUCCCAGUUCACUGGUGUCUUGUGGCGCUAUGGUAGUGUCCCCAACUCUGAGCCAGGAGGUUCAAGUCCCACCUGCCUCCAGAGGUGUGUGAUAAUAUCUCUGAACGGGUUGAUAAGAAAAUAUCUUUAUUUUCCAAAAAAGAGCCUCAAGAAUUAAAGUUCAGGCUGAAACACCUCCUAGUGAGGGAAGGCUAUGCUUUCAGAGGUGUGGAGACUUUUAAAUCAGAACCCCUCUUCUCAAUCACUACCGAAAAUAGAAAUUGCUGGAAAAACUUGCAGGUCUGGCGGCAUUUGUGGAGAGAAAACAGAGUUAACGUUUUGGAUCCAGUGACCCUUCUGUCUCGCACCUUCUCCCUCAAAAGUGAGGGUGUUGUGUCCUGACGUCCCAAAUAAUAUUUAAUAUUCAGCCAGCAUGCUAAAAACAAAUUACAUGGAUAUUUUCACAUUGUUGUGCACGAAUUGGCUUCCGAGUUUUCAACAUUACAACAAUGACAACUUCAAAUAUUUUACUGGCUGUAAAGCACUGUCGAACAUCUUGAAGUCGUGAAGGCCGCUAUAUAAAUUGAAGCUUUCUUUCUGCCCUUAUUUGCAGCAACUGCUGAGUUACCUAUUGAAAGAUGUCCCACUCUGACUAUCUGCAGUCCCUUCGAGAUCAGAACAAAUAUCUGCUGCAGAAGCUGAGGCUAAAGCAGCUCAAGAUUCCAUGGAAUGUGCUUCUGCCCCUUGAUAGCGGUGAUGGAUCCUGUCGAGGUGCCAUCAAGUCAGUGCAGAGCAGAGCUUCUACAGAAUACCAAGAGAACUGCAACGACAAGGGUACUGAGAAAGGUGGAAAUUCACUGAAGAAUCCCAAUAUGAAGGACCAGACUCAUUCAGAACUGCCAGGUCCAGAGAUUCGUGAAGAUGGAUUGCAGCAGUUCGAUGAGAUGGUUGUGACUGAGUCCCGAAAGAGAAAGGAACCGUCUCGUGCUGCACUGUUCAUUCCAUUGGCACACAGAGGCAGAAAGCAUGGCUGGACCCGUGGUGCUGGAGAUGGAGCAGGCGUGGACCAGUCAGAUUGGCUACUUGGGAGUGAAGUUAGGGUGAUUCCCAGCAUAGAACAGAAUUGUUCGUUGUCAGUUGGUAUGUCACCUAAAGGUCGCCUCAAUGCAAUGGAGACACUAGACUGCGAAUGGAAUAAACUGAAGUCGGAGGCCAGACCCAGAAGCACCUCUUGCAAAUUGCUGACUGACAGCUAUGUGUCAAAAGAUUUUAAAUGCUCAACUCCUUUUACCAAGCCUCCUUUUGCACCGAGGUUAAUGAAGGAGCCUGAGUACCCCGCUUCGGGACAGCUUUGUAGGAAUGAAGCCAGCUUUAAGGAAAGCAGCCCCAGGCAUCAUUCUCGCUUCCUACAGAACCUCAGUGAAGACCCAAAGCGAAGGUCCAAGCUGGAGCCACCACUUUAUGUAGAACAACUGUUGGAUGAGGGUAAUGAUCGACACAGAGAUCAGUUUAUCAGAGACAUUCAGAAGCCAAAACCAAUUCUCUUAGAAUCUUGUGAUAAAGUGGCAAAGGUGGAUACGGGUCAUGUCACAUUUCUGUCUCCAAAAGAGGAGUCCAACCUUAGGGCACAGGUUCAGGCAGUGCGACCCUUCCUGGGCUAUGAUUGGAUUGCAGGUCUGAUGGAUCUUAACUCGCCAUUGUCGGAAAAGUCGGAGCAGUAUUUUUUGGACCUGCAGGACUUCCGAAGGGUGAACAAGGAUGAAUGUGUGCACCAGGAAUACAUGGAAGCAGAAGAACUCGAUGUUCAGUCUACAGAUCAGGAGAAGCUUGAUUACAACUGUCAUGUUCACCAGUGCACUCACUCUUACCGUGUUAAUAAUCGCCUAUUUGCUGUCCCACUGGAACCAGCAGCACCCUGUCCUAUUUGUAAAACUCCCAAGUCAAAGCAGCCGCACACUCUGGAGGAGCCUGCUUAUAUCAGAGUCAGCAUCCCUAGAUCAACCUUGCUUCCUCCACACAAAUACAAGCUACACCGUAGGAAGAGCUUUGAUCCCACAGACAGUCUGUCGUUGCCUUCACACUGUCUCUUGGGCUGGAGGAAUGUCAUGCCCUCAACAACUCCUAUUGCGAACACCCUGGACAUGCGCAGCACGGUGGAGGCCGAAAAGAUUUCCUCUCCAUUGGCCCUUAACCCGUCCAACCCGAAUCCUGCUGCAUCUCGAGUGGCUGGAGGUACCAGAUCCGAUGAACUGCUAAACCUUACCCAUUUGACAGCCUACCAGUUUCAGAGACUGAGACUAGACUGUCCUUAUUCAACAUCCUAUUAACGUCUAAUGCCUCUGGACGUAUACGUGUUUCCAUUCAGUACUUGACCUUUGUUGCACCCCAAUGGAUUUUUAAUCUGUUUUAAUUGUAAAGUCUGGUUUGGGGAUGUGUGCAUGUAGUGACCAUUGAAAGUCCAAGAAAGGCGGGUUGGGGUAGUGGCAAACAAUGUGCGUUACCAGCAUGUCAGAUCCUGGCUGUACAAAUCAGUCCUGUUUAAAGCAAAAAGAAUUGUAAAUAUUGGAGGAAAAAUAGAACAGUUGUACAAGACAGCAAGCCUGAGAGAGGUGUUAAAGUUCAACCUGUCCAUGAAUCAGAGUUUAUCACUCAUUCUGCAUUUUCUAAGUUGUAUUCACCUCAAUCAGCCAUGGCAGAAUGACGGAAACCCUGUUUACAUAUUUAUCUGUGGGAUACAGUAAAGAUAGUGUUUUGUUGAGCAAACUCCAUGGAGUUGCUUGAUUGCUAAUUGUGCCAAGCCUUUCUUGAACUGAUAAGACAGCUGGAAUUGAAGAUUUCAUCAAGUGAAAUUGAUUGUGUUCCCGUUUGUCUGUAUACUGAGCAUGGCUGUGUAUUUGAGAGAGUGCUCUGUCUGUGCAUCCACUUUAACAGAGAAUGACAGAUAUUAAACCUUCUGUGCUGCAAACACAUGCCAUUUGCAGUUAGUAAGCAGCAAACAUCAGUUGAUAGCUGAGGAGAAAAGAGUUAUUAAUAACUUUCUAGUGUAUCUUUUAAAAUAUUGUUUUAAUGUUUGGUGUCAAUGAAAAAUCACUGGUUGAAUAAAUUGAAACAGAUGAAAGAAGGAGGUAAUUACUGGUGAAUAGUAUGACUGGGAAUGCAGUGUCGCAAUAGCAAAUGGACAAUGAGCAUCUCUGUGCACAAACCCUGAUUUGGCUGCACCAUUGAGGAAAAUAGUAGCUUAUGGCGAAAAAUGGAAAAUUCCAAAAUGAAAUAUGGGAGAUUACAUUCUUGACUAGAGCGAUUUCAGCAAUCAUGUUGUCAGCAACUGUGGGAGAGUCAAUGCCUUCUGUUUAGUCCCAGUAUUCCCAGCUGAGAGGAUGGGACAGAUAUCUUGUCAUCUUAACUAGAGAUUUGCUCAGUUGUGACUUGCUGUAAAAAAAAAAGUAUGAUCAACAGGGAGUAUCUGCAUUUGAUGUAUCAGUUUAGCCUGUAACUUUCUGUCUUUGUCUGAAAUUGUAACCUGAAUGCUGCAUGUUCCAACCAUUGAUCACUGUGCAAUGUUCUGCUUGCUAGCUGAAGCCUCAUAUUGUAAUCUUUUACAACUUUUAAUCUUUUAAAGCCUUUUACUGUAAUCAGUUUUUCACUUUGAAACUCUCUUAAUAAAGUCCUUUAUAUUUGUUAUGAA